AGCAUGAGCUACAGUAUUUCGAGAUUUGUUUACUAUAUUUUUCUUUUCAUUUCUGAAAAUUAACCCCACUUCGGAUCGGUUUACAAAGUGAUGCAGGAGAACAUCACUUCAGUUUCAUCUGACUUUCACUGGCAGCAUAGUGACAACUCCUUCACAUUUAACUUCCUCCCAGACGCUGGAACUUCUGUGUCCCAGUACAUAAUGAGUCUUGAGGAAACCCAACCUGUACAGACUGAGGUUUCAGAAACGAGCUCUGGUUUUGCUUUUAACUUCCAAAUUCCUUCAGCAACAGAAGGCAAUGAGGCCAAAUCCAAAGACUCAGAGAUGAAUGAAAUAGUAGAUCAAACCUCAGAGCUAAGUGUGGACGCAAAACCUAAAACAAAGAAGAAAAAGAAGAAAAAAGCAACAGGAGACAGUGAGAGAAGAGAGGAUGACUUGCUGAAAAAUGGGAAGAAAAAACUUGAGGAGGCACCUAAACAGGAGAAUGUAGUGCUGAAUGCAGACCAGCAGCUGAUUCAAGAAUUGGACUGGUGUAUUGAGCAGCUUGAGCUCGGGCUCAGAACUCAGAAAUCUUCUGCCAAGCAAAGAGAGGAAGCUGCUCGAGCUCUGAAGACCCUGCGCAGCUCUAAAGCACCGAUAGUGAAGAAGAGGCAGGUGAUGAGAGCCGUGUCUGGAGAUUACAGGAAGAAGAUGGAGCAGGAAAGGGACAGGCAAUUCAAACUUAUCCACUCAGCAAUUUCUUCUGCAAAGUUCAACACUGGGUCACAACCCUCCCGAAAACCAGUGUUUCAUCGGCGUGCUGAGACGCAACAAUGCACAACACACACUGUGGACGUACAGGAACCUUCAGUUGCUGCUGAGCAAACUGGUGGAGCUGCUGAAAAAUUUGUGUUCAGACUUUCAGGGGAGCAGUUUUGUUUCAACUUUAAUCUGUGAUUGUACAGAAAACCCCAAAAGUGUCAUGGAGUGACUUCAUGUACUUAUAGACUGACUAGAUUAAAGUUUAUAUUCAGAAAAA